AUGAAAUUCUGCAAGAAAUACCAGGAGUACAUGCAAGGCCAGGAGAAGAAGCUUCCUGGGGUUGGCUUCAAGAAGCUGAAGAAGAUCUUGAAGAAAUGCCGCAGGGAGGACACUCAUGAGGUCCAUGACGUUCGAACAUGCCCUGACCAUUGCCCAGUGUGUGAUGGGAGCUUUUUCCCUGCCCUUCUCAAGGAGAUGUCUGCAGUGGUAGGCUUCUUUAAUAAGCGUGCCCAGAAAUUGCUUGAACUGCAUCUGGCUUCUGGCUUUCGUAAGUACUUCUUUUGGUUCAAAGGCAAACUUCAAGGGAACCAUGUUGGCUUAAUUGAAGAAGGCAAGGACCUUGUUACUUAUGCACUGAUCAACGCCAUUGCCAUUCGAAAAAUACUAAAGAAAUAUGAUAAGAUUCAUUACUCAACGCAAGGACAGGCCUUUAAAUCGCAAGCCCAAAGUAUGCACAUUGGAAUCCUUCAGAGUCCAUGGCUUUGUGAGCUUAUGGCUUUUCACAUCAAUUUAAGGGAAACCAAGACCAAGUCAAGGAAGGCACCAGCCUUGUUUGAGGGAUGCUCCCUCAAAAUCAAUGAUGGGAAACCAUCUCUCGCCUGCGAGCUCUUUGAUUCUGUCAAGCUUGAUGUUGACUUGACAUGUUCUAUAUGCUUGGACACAGUUUUUGAUCCAGUUGCUCUCACAUGUGGUCAUAUAUUCUGCUACAUGUGCGCUUGCUCGGCUGCAUCAGUGACUAUUGUCGAUGGAUUAAAGGCUGCAGAGCCUAAAGAAAAAUGCCCUCUAUGCCGAGAGGCAAGAGUUUAUGAGGGUGCUGUACACUUAGAAGAGCUUAGCAUGUUACUUAGCAGAAGCUGCAAUGAAUACUGGGAGCAGAGGCUCCAGACAGAAAGGGUAGAGAGGGUUCGGCAAGCAAAGCAGCACUGGGAAUCCCAGUGUCGGGCGUUCAUGGGGGUUUGA